UACAUACAAAGAGCGCAGGUUUUCGUCUUUCGAUACUCGCAACUCGUGAAAAAAUUAAAAAAAUAAAUAAAAUCUGCUCUCUCGCACUUCGAUAGAUGCAAGCUGACGGUAUCCAGAUGGGAUGUAAAGCAAGUGAUGAAUUUCGGAUUGGGGAUUUUGUAUGGGGGAAGAUCCAUGGCCACUUGUGGUGGCCUGGGCAAGUCUGCAACCCAUCAGAUGCAUCAAUAGAAGCCAGGAAUUCCGAACAUCUUGAUCAUCAUGUUCUAGUGGCCUACUUCGGUGAUAUUACAUUUGCUUGGUGCGAACCUUCCGAAUUGAAACCCUUCAAAGAGGAGUUUGAACAUUUAUCUCAUCAGAAUAGCUCUCAUGGCUUUAUUAGUGCUGUUAAGGAUGCUAUGCAUGAGAUAGAGAACUGUUUAAGGUCUGAUUUGACUUGUUAUUGUGUGCCUUCAGAGAAAAUUGUUCAAUUUAGGAUGAGUAGGAAUAAUGGUAUUGGCAAAUCUUCUAUUGCUAAUUAUUCUCCUGCUGCUUUCCUUAGUCACCUUCAAGAUGUUGCACAGGAUGUUUCGGUUGCCAGUAUGCUUGAUGUUACCAUGCUGAGGAGCUGGGCUGCUUCAUUCUAUCUUAGAAAUGGAUGCUUUUUUAAAAUGAUUGAGGAUUUAUUUGAUGAAAAAAAAACUGAUCUGAAUGCUUUACCUGAAAAUUCUUACAAGGACAAGCGUCGUGGAGAUUCUCAAAUCACUGGAGGAAGGGUGGUUAAAGGACCACUGAAUUCUUGUGAUGAAGCUUCGAGGAAGAAGAGGAGUAUGGCUGAACUCAUUCUGUUGGCUGAUUCUGAGGUGGAAGACAAACUUGGCACAGUCGAGAAUGAAACCAAAGGCCAUAUAAAUCUAGGCUUAUUGCAAAACCAGAAAAAGAAGAGGAAAAAGGAAAAGCAGAAGCCUAAGGUUCCUGUUGAUAAGGCAACUAAAGUUAUGAAUGAUGAGGAGAAUGGCACAACAAGACGUGAGCGAAAGAAGAGCAAAUAUCUUUCUCCCCCUUACACUACUGGCUUUACUGAGCGCUCAAAUUCAUUGAAGUCAGUGGAUCCUGAUGUUUCAGAGAAUGAUUCCGAAUCUUCUCAGCAUAUGCAAGCUAAAUUUCCAGAGGGAUCCACAAAUGAAGGUGAUCCGAUCACUCAUUUAUUAUCCAACUAUAAUGAGGCUUCUGCACAUGAUAUAUUAAUAAAACUUUUCUUUGUGGCAAGCAAUCCUCUUCAUCUGCGGAGGAACUUUCCAUUAGAGACAGUGAUGGAAUUCUUUCUGAUGCACAGAAGCUUGGUUUACUCUGGCACUCUAAUGCUUGAAAAUUUUUCUGAGCAUCAUGGUGAUUCAGGCACAUUUAGAAAUCCUCCACUGCUUGAAAUGGAAUCGAAUGAAGCUUCAUCUGGGAAAAAGAAAAAUAACCAGGAGGAUGAAUCCAAUCCAGAAUAUGCGUUGGGGAGACAUGAGAAUAGAGGAAAAGUUAAGAAAGAUCAAGCUACAACAGAAACUACAAAAAGUUUUUGUCUGAAUGGAGUGAAUGCUUCAACGGGUAGAUCAAGGUACAGAGGGAAGAGAAGUGCUGAUGAUGCUCUUAUUGGUGGUGUGGAGAAAUUAAAUCAUAUAACCAUUAAUUAUUUAGGUGAAGAUAAAAUAGAAGAGAAGAGAAGUAAAACUGCUGGCAUAGUUAAUGAUGGAAAAGCGAGGCAAACAGGAAAUGUGCAUCAUGUCAGCUCCAGUCAUAAGCGAAAGAGCUAUGAUGAUCUUAGUAAUGGUCAGCACCAAUCUGAAUUUAGUCAUUUUCUGUAUGAUAACCCCAGGAAAAGCCCCAUCAAAUCAAAGAGGACAAAACAUGCCGUCAGUGACAAUGAAAAUUCAGUAGCUCUACUUUUGACAUUUUCUCCUGGAAUCACACUUCCUUCUAAGGAUGAGCUCCUUUCGCUGUUUAGUAAAUAUGGGGACUUGAUAAAUCACGAGACUGAGUUGUUCAGAGAUCCCGGUUGUGCUAGAGUUGUUUUUGCAAGGGCAAGUGAUGCGAAGAAGGCUUUGACUGGUAUAAGAAACAGUAAAAAUUUCCCAUUUUUGGUUGUUGAUUGUCAAUCAUUCAAUCUGCCGCAAUCCACGGAUAGUCCCUCGCCAUCUCAAUCUGAUUCCAACGCAUCACUUUUAAGGAUAAGUCGAGAUCUUCAAAGAAUGAUAGAUGCACUUUCACCAAAGAAAGGUAACACUUUUCACGGGUUGCAGCCGGUGGUCAGGAAAGAUUUAAUUAAUGACAUCAAGGGACUACUAAAUAAGGUUAAAAAGUUAAUUACUUGAGUUUUUAAGACAUCAACUAAAUCACUAGGCAUGUUUUUCUUUCUGAACUUUGAGCAUCUAUUUACCAUUACAGUUUAAUAAACUUAUCCUUGUAUUUUGUAUGCAUGUUCUCCCUGAAUGUUGCCGUAAUAUAUGUCUACGAAGAGCAUGGCCUACAAAUAUCCUAAUAUGCGAUGUUUUGUGCGAUGAUUUGGAGAUUAUGGUAUAAAUGAUGUUUGGUAUCUACUCUAUAAAACCUUUGUUUAUGCAUAUUUGAUUAUUUUU